AUGGCAGUAGACGCAAUGGAUAUCGACCCUCUGCCCCUGCGCACCGCCGAGGCAGAGCGCAAACGCAAGAGCAAGAAGGAAACACCCGCAUCGCCCUCCAAAAAGCGCAAGCAACAACCACUCCCCCUUCACCCUCACAACAGCGACGCUCUACCUGCCCCUGUCGCCAAUCUCCAUCUCGCCCACGCACGCGCUGGCCUCGCUGCUCGCCGAGCACCUCUCGCCUUUGCUCCUGACUUACUUCCCCCGCUGAAGGGUGUUGUCAUGGCCUACUCCAAUGCCUCUAUUUCUAGUCGUCACCCGUCCGACUCGUCACGGCUUGCUUCCGAUCCUAAUCCCCAGCCGUUGACGCUUGCUACCACUGCGGAUGAGUACGGCGUGCUCUAUGUCUACUUGACUGCUACUUUCUUGGUCUUCCGUCCGAAGCGCGGGCAGAUUCUUGAUGGGUGGGUUAAUGUUCAGUCGGAGGGAUUCCUUGGUGCUGUUGUUUUCAACUUGUUCUCUGUUGGCGUUGAGCGCAAGCGUCUGCCUUCGAACUGGAAGUGGGUUCCUCCUGGCGAGGAGGCUGAGACUCCUGCUACGACUGAUGAGGAGUCUGGGUCCGAUCAGAAAAUAGCUGGGUUCGAUGCUGAGAAGGAGUUUUUCCAGCCUGCUUCGCUGGCUGCUGAGGAGGUUCCUCUUGAUGGUGAGGACGAGGAGGAGUCUGCUCACUCUGGGUAUUUCCAGUCUGUUUCUGGACACCGGGUGCGUGGCUCUGUUCGCUUCCGUGUUGUUGAUGUCGAUGUUAUUCCUGGUUCUGAGCGGGAUCGUGGUUUCCUCAGUAUUGAGGGUACGAUGUUGUCUGCUGAGGAAGAGGAGCAGCUGCUCGAGUCGGAGCGUGAGGGCCAAUCGCUUCCGCCUUCUUUCUUCUCGUCACCUACCAAGGCACGCACUGUUCCUGUUAUGAAUGUGCCGGUAUCGGAGGCUGACGAGGUUUCGGUUGUGGAUGUGCACUCAGACAGCCCUAAGGAGAAGAAGGAAAAGAAGGAGAAGACAGAAAAGAAAGAAAAGAAAGAGAAGAAGGACAAGUCAGAGAAGAAAGAGAAGAAGGACAAGUCAGAGAAGAAAGAAAAGAAGGAAAAGAAGUCCAAGUCGAAGAAGAGCGACUAA